AUGUCCGCCCAAUAUGCAGUUCCCGCCACUCCACGCGUAACUUCGCCCUCUCCCACUCCUUCAGAACGCUCGAUUUCAGGAAAUAUCCGGUCCGGUCCAGUUACACGAUCUGCGUCCGCAAAAGAACGCCUCUCAUUGCCUCCCCUUAUUUCAGAGGAACAGAAGGAGCCACGUGAGAUCGAUGAGGAAUCAAGUUCGGAUUCUAAUGCGGACCACCGCGCAAGAACACGAUCUCGAAGUCCUACCGCGUUAUCAUCCAGUAAAGCUCGCCGUCGGAUGACAGGGCUGACUCCCGUGAAUGGCUCUUCCUGUAGUCCGGCAUCCAAAUCAGACCCCCCCCCGAACGGAUAUAUCCCUGUCAAUGGCCAUCUCUCCCCAUAUACCAACAUUCAAAAUCGCUGGCGAAAUUUCUCUCGUUCUCCUUCCCCCCUUGGCCUUAUUCCUCUUCAUAGACACUAUAGGUCCUUUAUUCAUCGACACGAGAUCCCUCGCAAGCUUCUCCAUGUUUCAAUCGGCUUCGCCACGCUUCAGCUCUAUUGCCGUGGAGUACAAACUCUGAAUGUCGCGCCGUGGCUCCUGACAGCGCUGAUACCUAUUGCUGUUACGGAUUUUCUCCGCCAUCGCUACCAACCUAUAAACAAGCUUUACAUUCGCUGCUUGGGUGCUCUCAUGCGAGAGACUGAGGUAGCUGGGUACAAUGGGGUGAUCUGGUACCUGCUUGGAGCAUAUGUUUCUCUCCGAUUUUUCCCCAAGGACGUAGGUGUGAUGGGUGUCCUGCUGCUAAGUUGGUGUGACACCGCAGCGUCCACGUUCGGACGCUUGUAUGGCCGGUAUACCGUUCGUCUUCGCGGUGGAAAAAGUCUGGCCGGAACUCUCGCUGCUUGGGCAGUCGGAGUUGCUACCGCAGCCGCUUUCUGGGGCUACCUUGUUCCUCGCGUUGGCGCAUUCCCCGACGAUCCUGAAGGAUCUUUCAUGUUCAAUGGUACUCUCAAUCUUAUUCCAAGCUUUCUUCGGGGUUAUCUUGCACGGGCUGGGGUUUCGGCAGGUUCUGCAGCGAAAACAGUAGUCACUGGGCCCGUGGCCUUGGGUAUUGUCAGUAUGUGGACGGGAGUAGUGGCUGCUGGCAGUGAAUUGGUAGACCUCUUCGGAUGGGAUGAUAACCUUACUAUUCCUGUCCUUAGUUGUGUCGGAAUUUGGAGUUUCUUGAAGGCAUUUGCUGCAUAA